AUGGAAACUAUGUGGUGGUUGAGACAAACGAGGAGUCUACUUAUAGUUCCAGUCUUCAAAUGUUUAGUGGCUAUAUGUUUGGUCAUCUCCUUGCUAGUUUUUGUAGAGAGUGUCUAUAUGAACAUUGUAGUACUUUACGUCAAGCUUUUGAAACGCAAACCUGAGAAGACCUACAAAUGGGAGGCAAUGCAAGAGGACAUUGAGCAAGGAGGUCAAAACUUUCCCAUGGUUCUUGUGCAAAUCCCAAUGUACAAUGAACGAGAGGUCUUUCAAUUAUCCAUAGGUGCUGCUUGCAGACUCAUAUGGCCAUUGGAUCGACUAAUCGUUCAAGUUUUAGAUGAUUCCACUGAUCCCACCAUCAUGGAAAUGGUGAGCAUGGAGUGUGCUCAGUGGGCAAGCAAAGGAAUAAACAUAAAAUGUGAGAGGAGAGACAAUAGAAACGGCUACAAAGCUGGAGCUCUUAAACAAGGUAUGAGGCAUAGCUACGUCAAACAGUGCAACUACAUUGCCAUCUUCGAUGCUGAUUUCCAGCCAGAGCCCGAUUACCUCCAACGCACUGUCCCAUUUCUCAUCCACAAUUCGGAGCUCGCUCUUGUUCAAGCUCGAUGGAAAUUUGUGAAUGCAAGCAAGUGCUUGAUGACUAGGAUGCAGGAGAUGUCCCUCAAUUACCAUUUCAUGGCAGAGCAAGAAUCCGGUUCCACUAGACAUGCCUUCUUCGGUUUCAAUGGGACUGCUGGUGUAUGGAGAUUAGCGGCGAUGGAAGAAGCCGGAGGUUGGAAAGAUAGGACCACCGUUGAGGACAUGGACUUGGCCGUUCGUGUUGGUUUACACGGCUGGAAAUUUGUCUUCGUCAACGACAUUACGGUGAAAAGUGAGCUACCAAGCCAGUUUAAGGCUUUCAGAUUCCAGCAACAUCGAUGGUCAUGCGGUCCAGCUAAUCUCUUCAGGAAAAUGACUAUGGAAAUUAUUCACAAUAAGAGAGUAAUGAUUUGGAAGAAACUGUAUGUGAUCUACAGCUUCUUCUUUGUACGGAAGAUCAUAGUCCAUUUCUUCACUUUCUUUUUCUAUUGCGUCAUUCUUCCUACGAGCGUAUUCUUCUCCGAAGUCAAGAUUCCGACUUGGUCAACUAUCUACCUUCCUUUUAUGAUCACUCUCUUCAACGCCAUCGCCACACCAAGAUCAUUCUACCUCGUGGUUUUCUGGGUCUUGUUCGAGAAUGUAAUGGCUAUGCAUCGGACUAAGGGAACUUUCAUCGGAUUACUCGAAGGAGGAAGAGUAAACGAAUGGGUCGUCACCGAGAAAUUAGGAGAUGCUCUUGAGACUAAGUUACUUCCACAAGUGAAAAAACCUCGCAAUGGGAUUCUCGAAAGAGUAAACACAAAAGAGAUGAUGGUGGGGAUAUACAUACUGUCUUGUGCAUGCUACGACUUUGCAUAUGGGAAUACAUUGCUAUACAUUUAUCUAUCCAUGCAGGCUCUUGCAUUUAUUAUAUGUGGAUUUGGUUUUGUUGGAACUUAAAAUGUACCUAUAUAUUAGACAUCUUACUCUAACCAAGAAAAUAACAUUGUAAUAUAUCUGUUACAUAUUUAGCUAAGCACUGCAUAGACUGAAACUGGUAAGAGUAUAAUUUCUUUUUCUAGGUUAUAGAAUUCAAUACUAUCUUGGCUUUAUAUUUGUACAAUGUGAGUUCUUCGGUAUGGAUGGUGUGCCUAAGAUUAUGUACAGUGUAACUUGUGGAAUAUCAUGAUGAUUUUAGAUUCA